AUGAGCACUCUCGCUGUUUGUCGACCGUCACCCGCGACGCUCCACGCCUCGCCACGUCACGCUAGUUCCUCUCGUGCAUUUUCUCAUCAAGAACUUUCAGGACUAGCCAGCAAGGGCAGAAUCUCAAGCAAGUCGAACGCGAUAACGUCUAGAGCUACUUCGAUCCGUCAUGCCGGAUUCCGUGUCGCUGACGUGUCUCGCUGUCGGUCCAAUCGCGUGGUUACACGUGCUGCAGCAUCGUCCUCUUCUUCCUCACCCUCCGUGUCCGCCGCUGAUGUUUCCGCUCCGAUUUCUCUCACGUACCUCGAAGGCAACAGCUGGCUGUGGUCGGUGGACGGUGUGAAAGUGCUCGUCGAUCCAAUCAUCGAGGGUCCUCUAGAUUUCGGUAUCCCGUGGCUCUAUACCGGGUACAAAAAAGUGCUCAAGUCGCUCUCGCUGGAUGACGUCAUCGAUGCUGACGUGGUGCUUAUAACCCAAUCCCUAGACGAUCACAUGCAUGCGAGGACGCUCAAGGCCCUGGCGGCCAGACGGCCGGACGUGCCUGUAAUCGCCACUCCCAACGGACAGGCGUUUCUGGACUCGCUCUUCUCUAAUGUGACAUACCUCGAGCCAGGUUCCUCCACCUCCUUCUCUUCGUCCAAAGGAGCCCGGCUUUCAGUCAAGGCUCUGCCUGGGCCUGUGCUGGGUCCACCCUGGCAGCGACCAGAAAACGGGUACAUUGUUCGAGGGGGGACAUCAGGUGCCUCUAUCUAUAUCGAACCACACUGUGUGUUUAACGAGGCAGCUCUUAAGGAGGGCGGGGAGCGAGUGGAUGUGCUGGUGACACCCGUGGUGAAACAGGAGUUACCGGGUUACACCCUCGUGUCGGGACAGGAGGAUGCUGUGCGGCUCGCUAAGGUCGUGGGCGCCAGAUAUGUGGCGCCUAUGGCAAAUGCUGAUGUGGACGCGUCAGGUGUAUUGAGUUCUAUUGUAACUCCUAAUGGCACUCUCGAUUCAUUCAAGGAGAUACUAAUGUCAGAAAAAGAAGUCAACGUGGAGCACCGCGAGACGUUCCGCUCGCCGCCGUGCGCGCAGCUACACUCGGUGCGCCGCUUAUACGAGAACAUCGUGCCGUCCCAUACAGUGUACGACGUGGAGUCACCGGAGCACGUGAUUCGCCGGUUCAGCCACGAUGGGCAGUACCUCAUCUGCUUCUCCCGCAACGGCCUUGAGCUCAUUGUGUACCGCUUCCACUGGUUCAACUACGGGGCGCAGGGCACAGCAGGAGUCGCAGAAGCAGAAGAAGACGACCACCUACCUCCAGCCUCCAGGAAGUUCCCGAGCUACUUUGAGCAGCUUUACUGCGCGCCGUUGGGCCGAGGAAGCGAGGUGCUGUGCAAGGAGCUCUUCCUCUGCUGCCAGGGUUCUGCCUUGGGCGUGUUUGCCUCGGCUACUCCUGCUGACCUGGCGUCUCCUCCUAGGGUGGGGGCAGUGAAGGGAGUUCCUGCGAUGGAGAGCAUCACGCUGCACCUUGUGAGGCUGUGCGAUGGCAAGGUGGUGGACAGGCGUGUCUUCCGAGACGACUACAUCAACCUCACCCACAACGGAGGGGCGUUUCUCUAUGACGACCUGCUGUCCGUGCUCAGCAUUCGUUUCCAAAGAAUACACCUCUUUCAGAUAGUGGAAGCAGCAGAGCGGUUUGUUGACGUGCAAGUGAUCGGCCCUUUUGGGUGUGAUGAUGACGAGUUGCUGCUGCAGUCGCACUUCCAUGAAGAGUGGCGCUUUCAGCGGCAUUUGGCUGAGCUGAGGAGGAGGCAGGCGAUGGCAGGGAGGGGAGGAGGUGGUGAGGGGAGUGGGGGUGUGGGUGGAGAAGAGGGGAUUAGUGAGGGGGGUGUGGGGGGGUAUACGGAAGAGGAGGAGGGGGAGGAGGAGGAGGAGGAGGAGGAGGAAGGGGAAGGGGGUAGGGAGGGAGGAUGCGAGAGGAGGGAUGGGGAGGAGGGGGGAGGGGGGAUUGGGAGGAGUGAGGGGAGGAGGGGUGAGGCGAGUAGGGGUGAGGGGGUGGAGAAGGGUAUGGGACAGGAGAGGAAGCGGAAAGAGACGCAUGGGCUGGGAGGAGGGGAUUUGGGUGGGAGGCAGGACGAGCAGGGGGUGAAGAGGCCGAGAUUGAGAUUGGAAAGCGUGAGGGAGGAGGGGGUGGAGGGGCGCAGGGGAGAGGAGGGGAUGGAGGGGCAUAGAAGAAGAGAGGAAGGAGGGGAAGGAGGAGCGGGAGGAGGCGGAGGAGUGAGAGGAGAGAGAGGAGAGAGAGAAGGUACUGCAGGAACAGGGGCAGGAGCAGCAGGGGUGGGAGGAGUCGGAGGAGGGGGAAGAGGGGGAGGAAUGGGAGGAAUGGGAGGAGUGGGAGGAACGGGUGGAGGGGGGAGAGCAGGGGCGGCAGGGGGAAGUGGGUUUGGGGGAGCUCUAGCCGGGUUAGAGAGGGAAGGAGGGCGCGGGGAGGGGGGUGGGUGGGGAGACGGGGGGUGGAUGUUGGGGGGGGAAGGGGAGGAUGGGGGAAUGAGGGGCAUGGGCGAUCACUACGCUGAUCUGAUCAUCUGGAAGGCUCAGCUGUUGGACCGCUGCCAUCUGCUCAUCCGCCUGGGCAGCACGGAAGGGGUGGUGCUGCGGGCGUCUGACAGCUCCCACCAGAACUCCUUCUUUACUGUCUACAACUUCGUGACAACGCGGGUGCUCUGCUUCUAUCAGAACUCAUCAGAGGAUUUUUUGUCCGCGUUUGAGCAUUUCUGCGACCACUUCCGAGCGCCGCCGCGCACCCCGGCGGGGUUUUCGUUCAUCAGCAGCUGCGCCAACAACGUGUUUGCUCGGGAGGCGUUCAAGAAGCAGAAAGCUGCGCUUGUGACGUGCAAGGGCGGGUCACAGACGCAGGCAAUCAAGCGGAUGCUGGCUGCUCUGCCCUACAGCGCACAGACCUACUCCCCAUCGCCCUACUUCGACCAGUCGCUCUUUCAUUUCGAUGAAAAGCUCAUAUCUGCGUCGGACCGGCACAAGCCCUGUGUGGAGCACCCAAUUAAAUUCAUCCUGCGGCGCCGGCCAAACGUCCUCAAGUUCAAAAUCAACCCAGGUUAUGAGUCUGCAAACCCAGAUGCGCGGAUAAAGCGAGUGGCAACAUAUAUUUUCCAUCCGUUUCUUCCCUUCGCCAUUUCAGUGCAGCAGACCUUCAUGCAGCCUUCAGUUGUAAACUUCCAUUUUCGAAAGUGA